UGAUGGGGACAAAAGGUAUUGUUUGUGAUUCCUAUGUGCGGCUGUGGUAUUUAAUACCAGCUAUUGUCUAGGGCUGGGAGCACCACCAUAACCAAGGAGAAUUGGCUUGUAUUUGGAAGUAAGAAAUACAAGGCCGCUCCCACAAUCCAGGUUCUCCAGGUUCUCAGACUUUGAUGGCUUCUCACACUCAACAGCUUCACCUUGUAUUGCUUCCUUUAAUGGCUCCUGGCCACAUGAUUCCCAUGGUAGACAUUGCCAGACUGUUGGCACAGCGCGGCGUUCUCGUCACCAUAGUCACAACACCCCUCAAUGCUAACCGAUUCAAAACAAUCAUCGCUCGUGCCACGGAAGCUGGACUCCAAAUUCGAGAAAUCCAACUCCAAUUUCCAUGUGUAGAAGCAGGGUUACCAGAAGGGUGUGAGAAUUUUGAUAUGCUCCCUUCAAUAGUCGCUACAGGUAAAUUUUUAGACGCAAGUGGGAUGCUACAAGGGCCAGUAGAAAAAUUGUUAGAAGAGUUAAAACCCCAAGCAAGCUGCUUAAUUUCUGAUAGGUGUCUCCCAUGGGUGACUAAUGUAGCGCACAAGUUUCAUAUCCCAAAACUUGUUUUCCCUGGAUUUGGUUGCUUCUCUCUCUCUUGCAUGCACCACUUGCAGGUCUCCAGAGUAUUUGAUGAUAUUAAAUCCGAAUCAGAUCACUUUUUGGUGCCUGGCCUGCCUGACCCAAUUGAACUUACUAUAGCAGCGGUUACGGGCUGUGUCAAGACAAACCCAUCUGGUCCAAGAGAUGUGCGGGAUGACAUCAGAGAGGCUGAAGAAGCAUCAUAUGGGUUUGUGGUUAACACUUUCCAGGAGUUAGAGACAGAGUAUAUCAAAGAAUAUGCCAAGGCAACAGGUAAAAAAGUGUGGAGUAUUGGUCCAGUUUCACUCUGCAACAAAGAUAAUAUGGAUAUGGCCGCAAGAGGUAACAAGUCUGCUAUCAAUGAAAACCAUUGCUUGAAUUGGCUCGACUCAUUCGAGCCAAGGUCUGUACUCUAUGCUUGUCUUGGAAGCUUAUCGCGCCUAGCAACUUUGCAGAUGAUAGAGCUCGGGUUGGGUCUAGAGGCAUCAAGCAAACCCUUCAUAUGGGUUCUCAGGCAUAAAUCAAAUGAUUUUGAGAAGUGGAUUGUGAAAGAAAAAUACGAGGAAAGGAUCAAAGGGAGAGGACUUUUGAUCCAUGGUUGGGCACCACAGGUACUGAUAUUGUCUCACCCUGCAAUUGGGGGGUUUUUAACUCAUUGUGGGUGG